UCAGAGGUCAUGCCUUUCAAAAGCACUAAAAUUGUCAAAAAAUAAAUUCUCAAAUUUGUAGCUGAUAUAGCAGUCGGGAUCCUAUUGUCCUGUUUAUCAAGGAUAUCAAAAUCCCUCUUGUACCCAGAGCACCUGCUCCUUAUGAAACUUACGGAAAUAGUUCUGCUCCAAGAAGCAAUGCUGGUUACUUUGAGUCUUAUCGUGUCAUUCUUGGGUGUCGAACUAACACUUAUCAGAGACAUGGAGAUGUUGGCCCAUCCAUAGGACCAAACAUCUAGGGCAGAAAUGUCGUUGGUGGUGUUGUUCUUUACAGUAGUAUCCUUUGGAAGUGCAAGGCCCGCUUCAUCUGAAUACAGCAUUCACUCCGUGCCAAAUUGCCAAUUAGUGUCACUGGAGCUCUCCCAACCAGUACUCAGACUUCAAGGGCUGUGCCAUUCGCACCUGGUCUUCUUUCAACCCCAUAUGGUGAUUUUACGAUUUCUUUCUUACCACUGACCAGCCUUUGGAGAGUUGCACUGUGGCCGGCUGUCACUUCCCAGGUACAAAAUUAUGCCUAUUUAGGUUAGGUAUGUAGUGUAUACAAGAAAACACAAAUAUAUACAUGGUAUUAUACAUGUGUUCGCAAAUAUUACACGCCAUUCUGAAUGUGUAUACUGUCUACAGAGGAAGGGAGGGAGAGAUAGUGGGGUGGGAAGAAAGAAAGAAAAUGGUGAGAGAAGCCCCAACAUUACAAGACAGGUGCAGUGUCAAAUAAAAGGAGAUUGAUGAUCCUUCAUCAUAGGGAAAUGGAAAGAAAGAUGAUAAUCAAAGGAUCUUGUACCAAAAUUUUGCCUUAGGAAAAAGGAAGAUAUAAUUCGUAAUCAAAAAAAUCAUGAUCUCUUGAAGGACAUCUUGGUAAUUCCAUAAUGAAACAGACCACACCAAGUCUUCCACACGCUACCCUUCUUGAUAUUCCAUGCCUUCCUCUUACGCACCCAAAAAGUCUAUAAACCCCACAACUUAAACCCCUCCCUCUGUCCCUCUCCUCUAUUGCUUUUUACCGCCCCAUUCCAUACUUCCUUUAUCUCCUCUGCUUUCUUGACUCCAAUGAUAUCAGUCCUUGCCUUUGAUGGAGGAUAGUGAGGAUGAUCGAUGGGAAUUAUUGAACUCAACCUCUAUUUCUGCUUUAUGUUGUAUUGAAAUUAUGGAAACAACAUUCCACUUAUCGUCUGAUCCUCUGUUCUCUUGCAUUAUCACUCUCUACAUUUUGAUUCUCCUUUACUUUCCUCCAAUUUUCUUCACCAUUGCUUUCUCUCCGGUUGUCUUAUUGACUGGGGUUCUCUUAUUGACGCUCCUCCGUAUCGGUGCAAGACAAAAGCUCCAAAUUGGAAACAGAGAAGACGGAGAUGACAAAUCUAUUGAAGCAGAAAAACCCGAUAAAUCAACCCAAGUCCACGAAUGGGUCGUAUGCCCGACCAAACACGUUGUGGAUUUUUCCCCAAACCCUGAUUUGGAAGAAACGUUCGUUGAGUGGAACGUGAGGGCGCCACUAGAGGUUAUUUACGAGGCAUACGAAGGGGAAGAAGGGGAUGAUCCGAAUGAUCAGAAGGGUGAGGAUCAAAACAACCCGACCCGGUUCGCGGGAAUUGAGAGGACAUCCUCACUAUCUAUGUACUACCCGGAAUCGGAUUCGGAUAACUCGUCGGAGGGUGAUUUCUCGGAGACUGCAGAAUGGGACUCACCGGAGAAAAUAUGCUUCAGUUGGGAAGAGGAAGAUAGAGAGAGUUUGAUAGAGAUAGCACUGGAAGAUCAUAACAAGCGUGGUUUGGGGUUUCACGUUGAAGAAGAGAAUAUGAUAGAGAUUGACAUCUCUCCAGGGAGAAACGACGACAUGUUUGCCGAGGGGGAUUAGAUUUCGAUCAUGCUAAUUAAUUACUUAAUUAAAUAGAUUAACUGAUACACUGAGUAUGAUUUUUGUGCGGAUUGGGAUUGUCAGUCAUUUCUGGUGCUUCGGGUGUUUGGCAGUCGGAUUACCGGUUGUAUUAUAUUAAUGUAAAGGAGGAUUAAUUACUAAAUCCAAUGCUAAUGAAUUUGAUACGAAA